GCCGCUGCUGUCGGUGGCAUCGGGGUGCAUGCUGCCUCCUGAGCCGCUAAGCACAGGCACAUUUCCUGCCCUGCUGUCCCCCGGCGCUGCCCUGGACGGUGGCCUCUCCGCGGCGCCUCCUCCCCUCGCCGCUCCCGCCGCCGCCGCUCCUGAGGCACGGGCGGUCGGCGCUCAUGCCCUCGCCGGCGGCCCACCGAGGGAACGGCUCCAACAGACGCCGCGGAGCUCCUCUCGGCGAGCCCUCAGCGCCGCCACCCGGCGCCCGCCCCGCAGCCGUCCGGCCGGGCGCGCCCAGGUAGCCGGACCUUGUUGUGACUUAAGCUGGCGAAGCCUGAGGCGGAGCGGGGGCGGGGGCGGCCCCGAGGUGCCUGUCAGGCGGGGGGCGGAGAGCGACCGCGGCCCGCUGAGUGACAGGUGGGAGGUGCCCGGCCGCGCCCGGCCCCCACCGCCCACCCGCGGCGCGGGGGCGGGGUCGGACCGCCGCUGCCCCUCAAGGGAGGGGGCGCCACCAAUCGCCAGGGUAACUGCUCGGGCCGGCGCUCCUGCUCCCCUCCCCGCAGGGUACCGUCCGCGAUGGAAAAUUUUGCGGCAGGUGUCAGAAGCGUUUGUAAUUCUCCGGCUCAGGGAAAGAAUCCGACGAACGUGGAAGAGUAAUGAAGCCUGCAAUUGCUAGUUAUGGAAAGGCCCCCAAAGUCGGCCUGGGGCCAGAGGGUGUGCACAGCUGCCAUAAGCACUUUGGCUCCAAGUCCCUAUGUUUUUGUUACAAGGAGUCAAUAGAAGUGUUAUUACCUACACGAGCGAAAGAGGUCCAAAUAAUUUCUAGAGUACGUUAUUUUCCUAAUUCUCCUAUCACGAUCCCAUGCUUAACAUACAGAUGUUUACUGAAAGGAUGCUAAUAUGCUAAAUACUAGUAAUUACUACUAAGAGCAGUAAAAGAAGCAGCUGUAUCUUUGAUAGAUGAAAGAAUUGUAAAGGAAAUGAUGGAACUCUGGAGAGAUUAAUGAUUUGAAAGGACGGGUGAUGGGGCCAAUCGGGAAUAGAAAGAAGAAGGGGAAGAAGUAAAUAGACGAGAAAAACAGUGAGAAAUAAAGGAUGGGGGAGACAAAAGCGAAGUGUCAGAACUCUCUUCUCAUAGCAAUCCUGAAGAAUUUCAACAGUUCAACUGCACUGUUGUUGUCCAAUAAAAUGCUCUAUAUCCUGCUUCCCAGGGAGCAUAGUGAAGAAAAGCAAGCAUUAAAAUGUAUUUUCAAAUUACUGUGACUAUACUGUUUUUCUAUAAGGAAUCGUCUGUCAUUAUUUCAACAAAGG